AUGGCUCUACGCCACGUUCUGUUGGCGCCUCUCUUUGCGCUUCUCUGUGCGUGCAUGUGCAUGGCAGCCGCGGGUGAAGGCUUAGACUCUCCUGAUGCGGCUGUGCAAAUGGCGAAGGAGGCGGCGGAGCUGGCUGGCGGGGCAGCGCAGAACGCCAUGGAGGCUACGACGCUUGCUGGGUGGGUGGCGGGAAGAAUGCCGGGAUUAACGGAGGAGGCUCAGCGGAUCGCAGACGAUGCCGUCAGAGCGGCUUCAGCCGCGCGUGCGAUUGAGCGAAGGGUCGGGGAGGUCUGGGGCUGGUGGGGGNAAAACUGGCCUCCAGGAGGGGCCAAAGGGAAGGCCAAAGACUGUUCUUUUCAACGGGGCCGCAGUAGAUUCAGCGCCCUAACUGGGACGGGGGUUUUUCUCCCACAUCUUUGCCAGGCGUCGUAUCCCACCAGGGUCGCCACGCACCGUGGCACCACGACCCAGACGGCGCCGCCCGCCAUUCUAGAAGGUCGUUGGCAAUGCCGGAGGGAUAGCGGCCUCUAUGAUAUACAAACGCCUGGAUGGUCUGGGGAAUUCGGCGCGAGAACAAAACAAAGACACACCAAGACCCUUCAAGCGAGGUAUGGG